UCAAACGAACGACGUUUCUCGAAAGUACUAGGUAUGCCUCAGUCAUUGGAUUACUUAUGAAUUUCAACUUAUUCACUAUUUAGGAUCCUUAUUUUUUGCAAAGCUAACAGAAUUGAGUAUUUAUUUUAGUGGGCUAAACUCUCUAACUUUGUGUAAAGGUUUUGACUGAACAAUUGUGCAAAUUUUGUGGUCCUCGUCAUACAUAAUAAUUAUAAAUCACAUCAUUGUAAACCUCGUGCUAUUCUGUACGUAAAAAAUGGCUAAAUGGGGAGAAGGUGAUCCUAGGUGGAUUGUCGAGGAGCGACCUGAUGCCACAAAUGUGAAUAAUUGGCACUGGACGGAGAAAAACGCGGGCCCGUGGUCGAAAGACAGGCUUACGGAAUUGUUGAAUAACUUGAAAAUAUCACAGAACGGAAUAGAUUGUAAGAUUACUGAAGUCAAGAAUAUCGAUGGGGAAGCCUCAGCUAAUAACAGGAAAGGCAAACUAAUAUUCUUCUAUGAGUGGGAUAUUAAGUUGAAGUGGGAAGGUCGACUUGCUGGUAACAAGGAUAAAAUUAAGGGCGAAAUGCAUAUUCCAAACUUAUCUGAAGAAAAUGAUGUCAGCGAAGUAGAUAUAACUGUCACAGUGACAGGAAAUGGUGAAGAAGCACAGAGGGUUAAAGCGUUCAUGCACAAUGUUGCAAGGAAUGAGAUUCGUAAUCAACUCAAAGAGUACAUAAGAAGCUUGAAGGAAGAGUUUUCAAAAGGUUUAAUUCUACCAAAAAAGGGUGAAACCACGGUCAAGCCUGACAAUGUAUCUACAAUUACAAGUGGAUUUAAUAAAAAAAUUAAUAUGGAGCCUAUAGUUGCUCCUCAAGACAAAAAAGUUGUUGGUUGUAAGCUAGAUACAAAAAGUAUUGAAUUGUCAGAGAAAUUUCAGUGCCGAGCACAAGAAUUCUAUGAUGCAUUGACUCGAAUAGAAAUGGUGACAGCCUUCACACAAGGACAUGUUAAAAUGGAAGCAGAAAAAGGUGGCAAAUUCUCUCUGUUUGGUGGAAAUGUAACCGGGGAGUUUAGAGAAAUGGUACCUGGCAAGAAAAUAAUACAGUAUUGGAGAUACAAACAGUGGCCUGAACAACACUUUUCUGAAGUUACUUUUGAUAUUGAGGAAAAGGAGGACCACACUUUAGUAUCACUGAAGCAGGAACUAGUGCCAGCUUCAGAGGUGGACCAAACUCGCGAGAACUGGAAACGCUACUACUUUGAAAGCAUUAAGAGAGCAUUUGGUUUUGGCGCCUUUUUGUGAUAACUUCAAAACAGUUGUUAAGAAACAAUUAACCACCAGUAUGCAGACCAAUGUUUAAGAUCUCCGAAGAAAUAUACUUUGUGUAUUAAUUAUUAAUUAUUUUAUCCAGUAAAUUGUUAAAUGGCAGCAAUUUUUUGAAUGAUGAACUAUGUGAUUAUGUACAAGGCUUUGAUAUUUAAAUUUUUAUAUACAAUAUCAAUAACUGGAUAGUCAUAAAUUUUUGCACAUAUUGCUAAGGAUGGAAUAUAAUGAUAUGAUAAAAAUAUACCUCCUGAUCAACUUCCAAUGGGCACUACAAUCACUAAUUAUAAUAAAAUACUCUUUUAAGUUUACAAAUUUACUGGAUAUUAUAAUAUUAUGUUAUUUAAAAUAACCAAUAUGGUAAUGGAGUUUCAUUGGUUGAGAUGCUUCGCUUAGCCACCUCAAAAUUAGUUUGAUUUCUGUAUUGCUUAUUUUAUAAGUAGCUGAAUAAUUAUGUAAUUAAUUUAUGGUGUUCUAAUAAAAACCAGGCAAAUAUAAAGAA